GCAAUAAGUCCUCCUAGCCUCUAAGUGCUGAACACGCUGGUUUCUUCUCUAUAAUCUUUUUUUUCUAAACAAGACGCGUUUUGAUGACGUAAGAACGCAACACGUGAGGUAGUGGGUAAUUAUCACAUAUAUUGGCAAUGGCAAAAAACAAGGGUAAGGGGCAAAAACAGAAGAAUGUUUUUCAUGUCGCAAAUAAUAAAUGUUUGAAAGCAAAGAACAAAGCCAAACCGGUGAAAACAAACCUGAAGAAGAUUAACGUUACUAAUGAGAAAGUGGCCACAGUAAACAAGGCUUUUACAGAAAUACAAGAGGAUGUUGCACAGCUAAAAAAGGAUUUACCAACAUCAAAGUUAAUCCUGGUUUCAAAACCUGUUCCUGAAACACCUGCAGAUAUAGAUGAUGCAGUGGACCUGAUUUCGCAAUUAUAAGUGUGACCAAGUUGUUUAUAAAACCACACAAUGUUUACAGUGUAAAUUUGUCUGUACAGGUUUAUUAAAAGAACAUUACAAA